CCGACGCCGAACCCGACGCCGAACCCGACGCCAUACCCGACGCCGAACCCGACGCCGAAGCCGACGCCGAACCCGACGCCGAACCCGACGCCAUACCCGACGCCGAAGCCGACGCCGAACCCGACGCCGAACCCGACGCCGUACCCGACACCGAAGCCGACGCCGAACCCGACGCCGAACCCGACGCCGUACCCGACGCCGAAGCCGACGCCGUACCCGACGCCCAACCCGACGCCGAAGCCGACGCCAUACCCGACGCCGUACCCGACGCCGAAGCCGACGCCGAAGCCGACGCCGAACCCGACGCCCUACCCCACACCCUACCCGACGCCCUACCCUACAGUUUUCCCAACGCCCUACCCCACGGUUUUCCCAACGCCCUACCCCACGGUUUUCCCGACGCCCUACCCGACGGCCUACCCCACGGCUUUCCCAACUUCUUACCCCACGGCUUUCCCGACGCCUUACCCGACGGCCUUCCCGACGCCCUACCCGACGGGUUUCCCGACGGUCUACCCCACGGCUUUUCCGACCCCCUACCCGACGUCUUUCCCGACGCCCUUCCCGACGCCCAGCCCGACGCCCAGUCCGACGUAUCCUCUGGGUUGGCCGACGCCAAGUCCAACGUCUCUUCCCGCAGCUCCCAUGGCGGGCGGAGCCGCUGGAGGCGUGGCUGCCACCGGCGAUCCGCACCUUCAAAACGUUCACGGCGAGCGGUUCGACUUAAUGAAGCCGGGCAAACAUGUUCUGAUAAACGUCCCUCGUGGAGUGAGCGCUGAUGACGCAUUGCUUCAUGUGCAGGCCGAUGCGCGCCGAUCGGGUGGAAGUUGUUCGGAUCUGUACUUCAAAGAACUGAACAUUACAGGCUCUUGGGCAGAGGCUAAGCAAGCCGGAGGGUAUCACUACAGCGGACGGCAAAGCUCCGCGACGAUUCCGCAGUGGGUUGCUGUUGGUCCGGUCGAGCUGAAAGUCGUCCAUGGACGCACAGAGAGUGGCAUUUGGUAUUUGAAUGUGCACGUGAAGCAUUUGGGGCGAUCAGGGUUUGCCGUCGGAGGCUUGCUGGGGGAAGACGACCACAAAGAGGUGAUGACUCCCCCAGCGUCUUGUACCAAGCGCACGUCUUUGCAAGAAGUGGUGACGAGUGGCCAGGCUCCUUCCCCCGAGUCGCCAGUUGCAACCGCAACCUUUGCGUGACCAUGCGGGAUGCUUGAGAAGUAGGCAUAUGACAAGUGCGCCCUUUCGGGCGACGCAUGCGGCAGUGUUUUCCAUUGUGCUUAUAGGAGGGCUGUCUCUUUUACAGGGCCUCUGAGACUUCUGUGCAUGGUUCGUGCCACUUUGCACCAAUCUCAGCGGCUGCCUGUCAGCAGUUUGUUGCCACUCCGCGCUGUCGCAUGCUCCCGUUGCUCGCCGAAUCGAGCUGGCAUCCUUGACAGCCGUCCUGCCCCGACCUGCAACGGCUGACAAAAGAUGGCUGCUUCCCUGGACGGUCGUUCCCUAGCUUCAAGGGCUGAGACCAGGGGGGCUUGCUUCCUCCGCCCUCCCUCACCCUCCCUAUCCUCCGCCUCCUCCUCGGUCGGUUCCCGUUUUGUCCGUUUCCCUAUGUUCCUCGCUUGUCGGACCGAGGGGCAUGAGUUGGCGGUGGGCGAGAGGCGCAGGCUCAGGUGUGCCGUCCAAGUUUUUUUCAGGGAGUCGGAAGAAGGAACGACAGCAGGUUCUGAAACUUCUGUGCUGGGCUCGACCAAUUCGCACUUCUGUCAAUGGCUCUCUGCUGUGCAGGGCUUCUGAUACUUCUGUGCGCAGCUCGCGCCAAUCUGCAUCAUUUUCAGUAGCUGUCCGUUGCCCAGGGCUUUGAGACUUCUGUGCAAGGCUCGCGCCAACUAGCACCACUCUCAGGCUGUCUGUUUUACAGGGCUUCUGAGACUUCUGUGCAUGGCUUGUGCCACUUUGCACCGCUUUCAGUGGCUGCCCAGCAAAGACAUGAGAUCGCCCAAGAGGGCCCCAACAUGGCCCCAUGAAGGGCCCAAGAGGGGGAACACGAACAUACAUUUUGGUACCUCUGGGAUUCAUU